GUCACCAACUCUUUCACCCGCAAACCUAUCCUACCAAACAACCUCCUUCUACCUACCACCCUUCACUCUUGUGCUUUCAAAAGCUUUGUCCUCAUCAACCAAACACAACCACACCAACUUUCCCUUUUGGUAACCAUCUCUCAAAAUCUCUCUCUUUCUCCAUCUCCUUUCUGUUCUGUUCUGUUCUGUUCUGAUUGCCAAUGGCCAACACUUUACACAACGGUGCCAAAUGCGGAAUCCCUUUGCGGAACCAAUCCCUGACCUUCUCUCGACACGUCUCCAGAUCCCUCUCUUUCCUUCCCAAAACACUUCACGGAAAACAAUCAAACACCUCCUCCAUCAAGGCUUCGCAAGCUGACUUCCCCGUUGACCCUUCCAUCAGUCCACGUGUCAAUGCCGUCAAGCCUUCCAAAACAGUCGCCAUCAGCGACCUCGCCACCUCCCUCGUCCAAGCCGGCGUUCCCGUCAUUCGACUCGCCGCUGGUGAGCCUGAUUUCGACACACCCGCUCCCAUAGCCGAGGCUGGGAUCAAUGCAAUUCGCGAAGGUUAUACGAGGUACACGCCCAAUGCCGGAACCAUGGAACUGCGUCAAGCGAUUUGUCAUAAGCUAAAAGAGGAGAAUGGGAUCAAUUAUACUCCUGAUCAGGUUGUGGUUAGUAAUGGAGCCAAACAGAGUCUUGCUCAGGCAGUGCUUGCAGUUUGCUCCCCUGGAGAUGAGGUCAUUAUUCCAGCUCCAUUCUGGGUUAGUUACCCAGAAAUGGCAAGGUUGGCUGAUGCAACUCCUGUGAUUCUUCCAACAUCAAUAUCUGAUAAUUUCCUCUUAGAUCCCAAACUUCUGGAAUCCAAAAUAACUGAAAGAUCGAGACUGCUCAUUCUUUGCUCGCCAUCUAACCCAACUGGAUCUGUCUACCCUAAGGGAUUACUUGAAAAGAUAGCCCAGAUUGUUGCAAAGCACCCUAGGCUUCUGGUUCUCUCGGAUGAAAUUUAUGAACACAUAAUUUAUGCCCCAACAACUCACACUAGCUUUGCAUCUUUACCGGGAAUGUGGGACAGAACUCUAACUGUAAAUGGAUUUUCUAAGGCCUUUGCAAUGACGGGUUGGCGGCUUGGAUAUAUUGCUGGUCCAAAACAUUUUAUUGCUGCAUGUGGAAAGAUCCAAAGUCAGUUCACUUCAGGGGCCAGUAGUAUUGCCCAGAAAGCUGCAGUUGCUGCGUUAGGACUAGGUUAUGCUGGUGGGGAAGCAGUUUCUACCAUGGUUAAAGCAUUUAGGGAGCGAAGGGAUUUCUUGGUAAAAAGUUUUAGAGAAAUAGAUGGUGUCAAGAUAUCCGAACCCCAGGGAGCAUUCUAUUUAUUCAUUGAUUUCAGCUUCUAUUAUGGAAGAGAAGCUGAAGGAUUCGGUAAAAUUGAGGAUUCUGAGUCCCUCUGUCGAUACUUACUGGAUGUUGGCCAGGUAGCCUUGGUUCCAGGGAGUGCAUUUGGAGAUGAUACUUGCAUCCGCAUCUCUUAUGCAGAAUCCCUUACUACCCUACAGGCAGCUGUAGAAAGAAUUAAGAAGGCACUCAUCCCUCUAAGCUCUGCUGCGCUUGUUUAAUAUCGAUGUUUAGUGUAAUUGGUGUAUUUUAUUUUUAUUUUAAUGCUGCCAAUAUCUAAUCUGUCCGAAAAUAAUAGGCUAUGGUUAUUUUCCCACAAAUAAACUGAGCAACUGUCUUAUUAAUGGUUUAAAAUUAUUUUUGCCCCUUUUA